AUGGCAUCUUCUCUCACUAUCCUCCUCCUCGAGCGUGAAUACCCCAAACCCACCAUCCGGGUGACCCCCAGCAGGGUGGUGGCGCUCGGGGGGAACAUCACCAUCCGCUGUGAGGGUUUGUACCCGGGCAUGAUGUUCUUUCUGCAUAAAGCUGGACACCCGAACCCGCAGGUGCAGCCGGUGCCUGAUGGGCCCGUGGCUGAAUUUCCCAUCCCCAAUGUCAGCCGGGAAGAUGGAGGGAGCUACACCUGCGACUAUCGCUCCAUAACGGAUCAGAGUCGCUGGUCGUAUCCCAGCGACCCCGUCGAGAUGAUUGUAGGAGAUCCCAGCUUACCCAGACCCAACAUCUCCCUGAGCCUCGUUUGGGUCGCGGCCUCAGGGACAGACGUCACCAUCCGGUGUCAGGGGCAGCGCUGGGACGUGAGGUUCUUCCUGCACAAGGCUGGAGACCUGAACUUGCAGCGACAGAUGGACCCGGCUGGUGACGGGGCCGAGUUCCGCAUCCCCAGCGUGGGCCGGCAGCACGGAGGGAGCUACAGCUGCAGCUACCGGCCCCGGUCAGAGCCCUUCGUCUCCUCAGAGCCCAGCAACCCCGUGCAGCUGGUAGUAGCAGCAGCCCCCCCGGAUUUCACCAACACCAACAUCACCCGCCUGGCACUGAGCGCCGCGGUCCUGCUCGUCCUGGGGCUGAUCCUGGCCGAGGCCUAUUACAGCCGCCUGAGGGCGGCCCUAGAAUUCAACCCCCGGCCCCCGAGCACCAGCCCCUGCGGCACCAGCUAG